AUGGCCGAGGAAGGUCGUGGAGACAUGGUGGUGGAUUAUAUUAACAGUCAAAGAUUCCAUCUUAAAAACUCGACAUUGGCAUAUCAAUUUGUGAUUCGUAUGAGUCGUGGUGGAGAAGGAGAUGGUGGUGGAUCGGAAGUUGGGUGGGGAUGGUGGGGUUUGGGAGAUAAUGUGUUUGGAAAUUAUUCUGAAUUUGAUUUCCUGCAUCUGGUAUUAGAACCUAAAAUAUCCAGAGUUUCUUUUGUUGUUCUAAAUUACUUAGAAAACAUCAUUCAACAACAUUCUUCAUUAGGGUUUUCUAAGAGUCCUAUGAUGGAGAGUAACCCUAGACAAACUGUAACUGCUGCUCUUACAUACCCUAUAGAUGAUCGCAUUCCCUCAACUUCGUAUACUUACGAUGAUUAUUUCUCGAGGCCUACUGAUGAUGAAUACUUUGGCAGUUUGCCUCCAGGUAUUCGAUUUGUGCCUCGUGAUGACGAACUUAUUGAUGACUACUUGAUCAAAAAGAUCAGGAAUGAGGCGCUGCCUCGGAACAAGAUUAACGUCCUUAAUCUUUACGAGUUCAACCCGGAACAACUUGCUAAAGAUUACGAGCCAGCUGGACCGAAUGAAUGGUACUUCUUUACCCCAAGAAAUAGAAAGUAUAAAAAUGGGCAACGGCCAGAUCGAGCUGCAGGUGAAGGAUACUGGAAAGCUACCGGGGCUGACAAACAAAUUAAACGCAAUGGUGAAAUUAUCGGAUAUCAGAAGGCUUUGGUAUUCUACGAUGAAAAACCAAAGGGUCUGAAGACUUCCUGGAUUAUGCACGAAUAUCGAGUGAAUAACCUUCCACCCCGCCAACGAAAGGGUGCAGAUGACAUGAAGUUGGACGAUUGGGUUUUGUGUAAGGUCUACAACAACGAGGGAAAAUGGAAUAACGCUAGAAAACGACAACGGGCCAACAAAAAUCAGGUUCAAGAACCAAAUAACGGCAAUGAUCAAGCUGCAGCAGGGCAGGAAAAGAAUGAUCAUUCACUAGAAGUUCAUCCUUUUCCUCCACACAGUUUUCCAAAUUAUCGGAAUCCCUAUAACGUGGUUUACUCAGAUGUUUAUGAUGUUCCUCCAUAUCAGAAUGCAGAGAUAUACAGUAAUCUAGCUCCCAUUACCAUGUUGCCACCAAUAAAUUCGACUCACGAUCUAGUGUCAAUGGAGCAAUAUCACGAGUCAUCAGGAAUUCCAACGAUGGAUAGGAACGAAUAUUUGGAUAUGGAAUCUUUGCUGCAUGUGGAGAAUAAGCCCUAUGAUUACUCUCUAUUAUUCCAUCCCCGACCCCUAUAA